GCACACUUCCGCUUCCGGUCCGUGCCCUUGGGGCUCCGUGUCCUACAGGUCUGCCCUCGGCUACCUGGAGUGCAUCCGGGGAACAUGGCGGCGGCGGCGGCAGCAGCGGCUCGGGGGUGUUGGCUGGGGCUCGUGGGGUCCGCUGCGCUGGCCAGAGCAGUGGCCUGGAGACCCUUGGUGCUGUUGCUGCCGGUGAGGAGGGAAAGCACUGCGGCAGACACGCGCCCCACUGUCAGACCACGGAAUGAUGUGGCCCAGAAGCAGCUCUCAGCUUUUGGAGAGUAUGUGGCUGAAAUCCUGCCCAAGUAUGUCCAACAAGUUCAGGUGUCCUGCUUCAAUGAGUUAGAGAUCUGUAUCCAUCCUGAUGGAGUCAUCCCAGUGCUGACUUUCCUCAGGGAUCACACCAAUGCACAAUUCAAAUCCUUGGCUGACUUGACAGCGGUGGAUAUCCCCACCCGGCAGAACCGUUUUGAGAUUGUUUACAACCUGCUCUCUCUGCGUUUCAACUCCCGGAUCCGUGUGAAGACCUAUACAGAUGAGCUGACACCCAUUGAGUCUUCUGUGUCUGUGUACAAGGCAGCCAACUGGUAUGAGAGGGAGAUUUGGGACAUGUUUGGAGUCUUCUUUGCUAACCACCCUGACCUAAGAAGGAUCCUAACAGACUAUGGUUUUGAGGGACAUCCUUUCCGGAAAGAUUUCCCCCUGUCUGGCUAUGUUGAGUUACGCUAUGACGAUGAGGUGAAGCGGGUGGUGGCCGAGCCGGUGGAGUUGGCCCAAGAGUUCCGCAAGUUUGAUCUGAACAGCCCAUGGGAGACGUUCCCUGCCUAUCGCCAGCCCCCUGAGAGUCUCAAGCUUGAAGCUGGAGACAAGAAACCCGAAACCAAGUAGUUUCAGGGAAGGCAUGUGUAUCCUAGAAAGCGCCAUAUCUAUCAUUGAGUGUCCCUGUAAAUAAAAUCCUACUUAGAUUCACCA